UGUCAGAGGUAGCCGCGGCAGACGGAACAAGAUCCACGACAGAAAGGGACGAGAGGUGAGAAGAGCGGACCUAGGGUCGCCUGUACAGUUUGUUCCCAGGGUCGGUUUUCUUUGGCAGGCUCCUACCCGCGUCUGUAGCCAUGAUGUCGCAGCUGGAGAGUGCGAUGGAUGGCCUCAUCUCCGUCUUCCACAGCUACUCGGGCAAGGAGGGUGACAAGCACAAGCUGAGCAAAAAGGAGCUGAAGGACCUCUUGCAGAAUGAGCUCAGCUGUUUCCUGGAGACCCAGAAGGACUCAGAAGCCGUGGAUAAGAUCAUGCACGACCUGGAUGAAAAUGGCGAUGGGGAGGUAGAUUUCCAGGAAUUUGUGGUACUGGUGGCAGCCCUCACUGUGGCUUGCAACAACUUCUUCUGGGAAAACUCCUGAGGCCUUCGAGCAAAGGCCGGGCAAGCCACGGAAGCGGCUGCUUUGCCAAGCCCAGCGUCCCUACUGCCAUCUCCUUCCAGGGCCCCACUUCUAGCCUUGUGGCUUUUCCCUCUAGCUAGGAGGCAAGAGAGAGCACCUUUUGGUGCCAUGUAAUCACUCACCGAGACAGUGAUGCCUAUUAAAAGCCAUUCCCCUACCCCU